AUAAAAAGACAAAAUGCUCUUUUUUCUAAGGGUUAAAACCAAAUCUGACUGUAAGUUAAUAGAUGUGCAGCACAAGCUUGCAUAAACAAGAAAAACAUACAUUUUAAUAAAUAAUUAUAGCUAAAUUACAGUAGGCCAGUAAAAGUACAAAGUGACGUUUGUUAACACUAUAUGAAGCCCAUCCGUUGGUUAACGUUUCAUUUAUUUAUUUCUUGUCAUGAAUAAUCAUUUAAACUGUUUUUACUGUGCAUCUUCUGUGUUCCUGCUGAACCUGGAGCAAUGAGUGAGUGGAAAGGCCACUGGCCAUGCAGUUUACAGUGUGUGAGAGAAAAGUGAUCAGAGAGAUUGUGACGUCCACCAUGACAAAACUGGGUCAAUGUAAUCCCCACCCCCUUCACCACAGGCAAAGCUGAGAAAGGAAAAAAAAAAGAAAAAAAGAUGAGGACACCGUCAUCAUCAGCCGACUCUGUGUGCGGAUAUAAGCAUGGAGACGCAGGACUGUGCUUUGUUUUCGCCAUGGCUUUGCAUAAACCCAGAUGCCUCCCCUCCCUCUUGACGAGCGCAUAGUGGUCAUUCAGCGCCCCAAAAACUUAACCCUGUGUGAGAGUUCCCCACAAACCAUCCAGCAUCAUUCCUCUCAAAUAUCAGCUUCUGUCAAUGGACAAGUCAACCACCCUCCUCAUCUCCACUCGUCACAGUCCCAUUUCUCUUCACCUUCCUGUAAGUCACUGACUCUGGAAUGCAAGCGCAGAUCUUUGCGUGUGCAGAAAUCCAAAGGCGACCAGCCUGUCAUCCCAGCGGGUGCAAGACACAACCCCAGUCACUGCCAUAGCAAUGGAACAGUAACGCUUGACCCACGGCUGCCCUCCCACACGCACACAAUUGAUAUCAGGGUGAGUGUGGACAAAAGAGGACGAGAGGGAGGAGCCAGUAACUCAUUAGGGCGCAGCGGGAGUGUAAAAGGUGGCAGAGGGAAAUGUACCUUCACACAGUUGGAUCAAGGACAAUGCAAGCAAAAGACUGGAACCACAGAGAGGCCAGGUGGUGCUGAAUACAAGUCACAGCGAAGUCGUCAGCUGUCGACUUUCCCCGGAGGGGUCCUACAAUUCGUACCCGCUCAGGCUCAGCAGCAUCAGCUCAGGAGUGAAAAGGAGAAGGAAAACACAAAGUUUCAUACCAGAAGUGACCAAGAAUUUCCCUCUCUAGGUCACAAGAAGAAUUCCAAACUGGGAACUGUUCAUCAAAGCCAUAAUAGUAACAGCCUGCCCUACCAACGCAACUCUGUCCCUGUGCCCCAUGCUGCCAUCUUAAAUUCAAACUACCCCACAUCCCCUCCCUCCCAGUCUACCCAUGCCCCAAUUUCCUUUCAGCAACUCAGCCAGCCACAGCCAUCCCGCCCCAGGGAUCACCGCCCCCACAUUCUUCGUGGUCUUCCCCUCUCCCCCUGCUCUUCCCAUGCCGGAGGCUUCCCCAGCCCUGACCACACCUGUACCAUUGACUGCACCCAUCCAUUCAGUUGUGGCUGCUGGAGGUUGGUAAGAUGCAGAGGGUGUAAGGCAAACUCUGCCAGCUGCCAGGGAGGUGGAGGAAGCUCUUCCACCUCAUUUUCUGGUGUUCAUAAUGUUGGAGGAUUGAAGAAAGGAGGCAAGGAAAUGGGCCUGAGAAAUCUAGGUGGGUGUCUCUCCACUGCCUCGACCUCCAACACCUCCUCUUCUAAUAGCACUGUGUCUGACUGCCGAGCAAAUCUAUUCAAACCUGUCCGCUGCACCUCCUGCUCCAGUGAGGCCAGAAACUUUGAGAGUCCUGCCGUCCUUCGCAAAAAACUGGUUGGGGGAUGUCUGCCCUGUACCCCUUUGUCCUCUUCAGCUCCUCUCCGGGCAAUUCAGAGCUGUGUCACAGGAUGCAACCCCAAAUCCUCUCAGACUGGUAGUUCCACCUGCAGUUACUGCAGCAGUGACCCCAUAGUCGUCACAUAUAACCCUCGUCGAGGAAAACCUCCAGGAAGAGGCUUUGGAGCGGCUCAGUCAAUGGGUAUGUUCCAAGCCGAUGAUGAUGACUACAGUGUGCGUACGAUCUGGCCUGAAGAACUAGCCAAGAAGAUGACCCAUUCUAAAGCCCAAAGGAAUCACUGUGCUGGGGUGGGAACUGGGGUAGGGAGGCCCAAUCCAAGCCAGGCCCAAAAUGGCAGUAAUGGAACAGGCCUUGUCCUCUUGGACUGUCAAAACCUCCAAUAUGCACAGGCUCAGCUCACAGAUCAUGCUGGCCGGCGGCGGCUGCAGCAGGGACGUAUGGCUGCCCUUGAUUUUAUGGGUAGUAGGUCAGGACCUAGGUAUGAUGAAGGCCAGAACUCACUGAAGAGACUUUUGAAUAAAGGAGAAGAUGGAGGAAUGGAUGAUGAUUCAGAGCAAGAUGAAGAUGCAGCAUAUCCUCCUCGGUCCCCUUCUCCCCACUCUGCAUCCCCGCCAUCACCUGUGUCCUUUUCACCUCCACCAUCUGCCCCCAGCACACUCAUCAAACCAAAACCCUGGCAAAGAGACAGGGAGGGAGGACACUCUUUGCCCACAGCUCAGUCUCUGCACCUUGCCCUGAACUCCCUGAACCGAGAGCAAGAAGAGGAGAAGAGCAGAAUGCACCUUUCUUUGCCACUUUCCUCGUCCUUGCCUGCAUCUCUAUCUGAUGAGAGUGUGAUGACUCCUGACGCAGAGAACGCUGUGAUCAGCCCCAUCCUGCCAUUCCUGUAUCUGGGGAAUGAAAGAGACGCUCAAGACCUGGACCUGCUGCUGCGCCUCAACAUUGGCUACGUGGUCAACGUGACCACACACCUUCCCCUCUACCAUGUCAACUCUGGACUGCGCUACAAAAGGCUGCCGGCCACCGACAACAGCAAGCAAAACCUUCGACAGUACUUUGAGGAGGUUUUUGAAUUCAUUGAGGAGGCAUAUCAGAGUGGACAGGGAGUGUUGGUACACUGCCAAGCCGGUGUGUCCCGUUCUGCAACCGUCGUUAUCGCCUACCUUAUGAAGCACACCCUCAUGACAAUGACAGAUGCCUACAAAUAUGUGCGGAGCCGUCGCCCCGUGGUUUCUCCAAAUCUAAACUUUAUGGGCCAGCUUUUGGAGUUUGAGAGGGACCUCAACUCUGGGGUGACUCCUCGUAUCCUGAUGCCUAAACUUAACGGUGUGGAGACACAGGUGUGAGAAAGGUCAGUGGGCAGGAGCAUGUCGGUUUACCGCAAAGUCUGUGGUGGCAUUCGUGAGCACGAAAGAGAGAGUGGCACACUUUAGUAGAGAGACUCAACAAGAACUACGACAGGAAAACGAUGGCGUGUUUGGCAGUUUAUGCACUUUUAACCCUGUGAAACAUAAGACAAAAGACUCUUAGACAAGUUGACCGUCAUCCUAUACUGUUUAUAAGAUAAUGUGCCAAUAUUUCGUAUAGCUCUAACCUCACUCUUCUUUUCUUUUUUUUUCCUGAUGUCAUUUACAUUCAAAGCCACGUUGAGAAAAAUACUUUCCAUUAAUAACAAAAGCAUGCAGAACAUGAACACAGACAUGGAAAGGGUUCAUUGGUAUUGUCUAUUUAUCAUCAAUCACCUGUAGCACCCAGACUGCAUACAAAAAUGGAUAACGUGACAUCUUAUCCAAACCCCAAAGUGAUGCUAAAGUAGCUGGUUCACCCCCCUCCAUGAUAGCAAAAGGGACAUUAUUAUCAGUUGCUGCCAUUUUAGGUAGCUUGCAUUGAUGUGUGUCCAAUGUUUCAAGCAAACUUUGUUUUGAUUAUUUAUACAAUAAUAAUAGUCAUUUGAAAAUUUGCGAUAGUUAACUGAGUCAGACUCACGAUUGGCCUGUGUCAGACUCUGUAACCAGGAUACUGGUUACUGUGCAGCCUGUAUGCAUGAUCCAUCUUCAUAUACAGGCCAUUUCAGCACAUAGUACUUCCCUUCCCACCUGCCAAAUGUAUCUUAUCGCCAAAUGAUUUGUCACAAGAACGAGAAGAACUUUUUACACGGACCUCAGUCACCGUUUUCAAUCAUAACUCUUCAAUUUGGGUUGUUUUCCUGCUUAAAACUGUGCAAUAGAACAGCAGCAUGGACCUAGUAUGGAUGGGAGCAGUAUUUUACCGAUAAUAAAUGAA